AUGAGUGAACAGAGUCACUCCCAGGCUACGUCUUCUGACUGGGAACCGGUACGGCAUGCUUCCGACAACAACUCUGAAGGACUAUCAAGUGGCAAACCUAUUGUUACAGAUGGGAACCCAGACUCUCCGCUCCGUAUUGUCGUGCGCUGCCUUUCGCACAAAAUACCCGGCCGCCGUUGUGACAGGACGGCUACCAUGGCCAAUAUCAUCUGCAGAUACCACUUCCAGCGAGACAUGGACUGGGAGAAAGAGCAUAUCACAAGUCUAGGGUUUAAGGAGAUCGAUGGGAAGAAAGUCAGAUUCCUCCUCGAAUGCGGCACUGUCCUUCCAAAUACCAAAGUAGAGGACGUACCAAUCAUAGCGUUUAAAUGGAAUGGCGAAAAGCUGGUCCCACGCGACGUAGAUACUCGCACUCGAGACUUCCUUUGGAAACUGCCAUUUAAGCAUAAGCCACCUGUUCAAACGCCGCAGAAAUCCAAGACAAUGGAGCAAAUGCGGGAAGGUAUGGACGACGCAGGUUGGAACAGGUACAUGGGAGAGGUAGUACUACGGAAACUACAGUACAAGAAGAAACCAAGCACCGUCGACAGAAGCUGGGCCAAGGAACACCCAGAUCUCUUCUACGAUGUCAUGCAGCAGUAUACGGCCCAGCAACGCUGGCACAAGCUGGAGCUUCCGCCUAGUCAGAAGCAAUGGGUCGAGGCACAGAAGGACAGGGGAGACCCUAGUACAUUGGUGGCUCUGGUUGAUGUGGUACUAGACAAUAUGGGCAAUGAGAUAGAUGGUGAGCAGUCGGCGCUUUGCUCAGAAGCAACCGGAACGAAGCGCGAGGAGCGUGGUGGCAUCUUACAAUAA